AUUUAAAUAAACAGCGAGGAAAAUGGCGGAGGAGUGUUCAGUGGUGGGAUAAAGAAGCUUUAACAGAGAGACACAGAGGAGGCAGCUGGGGCUGCUGAGGCAGGAAUUGCUCUUUGAACUGCAUGCACCUGAUCUCGACAGUCCUCUUCUUUCUUGGCUUCUAAUUUUCAACCCUUCGGACAGCAUUAGCAGCUUAUUAUGUACAUGGAGCAGAACACGGGAGAAUUCGAGGUUGUUUAGAUAAAUUUGUACAGCGUGAAGCGCUAUCAUUUCAGACUUGUGUUUAAGAUGCCAGAUGAAAAGUGGUGUCACCUGUGGAUCGUUUAGUUUGGAGUCCCGUUGAGUUUAGCUGCUGAUGUUUGACAAUGAGUGGAUUAGGGGAGAACUCCUUGGAUCCCUUGGCUACUGAAUCACGAAAACGCAAGCCCUCUUCAUGCGACACUCCUGGGCCUAGCUUGACCUGCACUGGUGAAAAGAGAAGACGUGAGCAAGAGACAAAAUAUAUCGAGGAGUUGGCUGAGCUGAUUUCAGCAAAUCUCAGUGACAUUGACAAUUUCAAUGUCAAACCAGACAAAUGUGCAAUUUUAAAAGAAACCGUCAGACAGAUCCGCCAGAUUAAAGAACAAGGAAAGUCCUCUUCUAAUGAUGAUGAUGUACAGAAGGCUGAUGUGUCUUCUACAGGGCAAGGCGUGAUUGACAAAGACUCUCUGGGGCCACUCUUGCUACAGGCGCUUGAUGGCUUUCUGUUUGUUGUAAAUCGUGAGGGUAGCAUUGUGUUUGUAUCGGAAAAUGUCACCCAGUAUUUGCAGUACAAACAAGAAGAUUUGGUUAACACCAGUGUUUACAGUAUACUUCAUGAAGAGGAUCGUAAAGAUUUCUUGAAGAACCUUCCUAAGUCUGCUGUUAACGGAGUCCCCUGGUCAAAUGAAGCUCCCCGACAGAAGAGCCAUACGUUUAACUGUCGGAUGUUGGUGAAGAUACAUGAUCACCUUGAAGAUGGCAACAGCAACUUGGACAACCGGCAGCGAUAUGAAACCAUGCAGUGCUUUGCACUGUCUCAACCAAGGGCAAUGAUCGAGGAAGGAGAAGAUCUUCAAUCAUGUAUGAUUUGCGUGGCACGGCGUAUAACAACCGUGGAGAGAGUGUUUUCAACCAAUCCCGAAAGCUUUAUAACAAGGCAUGACCUAUCAGGCAAGGUGGUGAAUAUCGAUGCGAACUCCCUGCGAUCUUCCAUGAGGCCGGGUUUUGAGGAUACAAUUCGAAGAUGUAUUCAGCGCUUCCUGUGUCAUAAUGAUGGCCAGCCUUGGACGUAUAAACGGCACUACCAAGAGGCAUAUGUGCAUGGACACUCGGAGACUCCAUUUUACAGGUUCUCCCUUUCAGAUGGCACCAUGGUGACAGCACAGACAAAAAGCAAACUGUUCCGAAAUCCUGUCACAAAUGAUCCUCAUGGAUUUGUUUCUACGCAUUUCUUACAAAGAGAGCAGAAUGGAUACCGACCCAAUCCUAACCCAAUGUCUCAAGGAAUGCGUCUUCCUGUACCUCCAAACUCCAACCCUGCGAAUGCCAUGAACCCCUCGCAGCCUCAGUCCAUGCCACCCCAAAACAGGAGCUAUGGUGGCAUGGGAGACCCAAACAGCAUGACACAGAUGCCUGGCAUGAGAUACAGCUCUGCGGGCAAUAUGGGACCUGUGAACCAAGCUCCAGGGAUGCAACAGCCCCAAUACCAGAACAACAAUAACAAUACUUAUAUGAGUAGCCCUCCACAAGGUAGCCCUGGCAUGAGUGCCAACCAGUCGAACCUUAUGAUGUCUCCCAGGAACCGUGGGAGCCCCAAGAUGGGAACCAAUCAAUUUUCGCCUGUUCCAGGUAUGAAUUCUCCAAUGGGGGCUUCAGGAAAUGCAGGAAGUUUCUCCAGUAGCUCUCUGAGUGCUCUUCAUGCAAUAAGUGAAGGAGUUGGAAGUUCUCUUUUAUCAUCUUUGUCUUCACCCGGGCAGAAAGUAGAGAACUCUUCCAAUAUGAACAUGGCCCAGCCUGGUAAAAUGGGAAAUCAGGAGUGCAAAAGCCCUUCCGGUAUGUAUUGUGAACAAAGUCAAGUGGAGAGUUCUGUGUGUCAGUCCAGUGGUAGGGAACAUCUCGGGGAAAAGGACAUUAAAGAGAAUAUCCUUGAAGGGUCUGAAAGUCAAAGAGCGCAAGCCGAAAGCAAAGGGCAUAAAAAACUAUUGCAGUUAUUGACCUGUUCAACGGAGGAUAGGGGUCACAAUGCAAUGGGCAACUCCACAAUGGACUCUAGUUGUAAGGACUCUUCCACCAAUGUUACCAGCCCUUCAGGGGUCUCGUCCUCAACUUCUGCUGGUGUUAGCUCUACAUCAAACCUGCAUGGAUCAAUGCUUCAAGAGAAGCACCGAAUUCUUCACAAGCUGUUACAAAAUGGAAAUUCUCCUGCAGAGGUAGCUAAAAUCACUGCAGAAGCUACUGGCAAGGACAGCUUUCAGGACUCUGCAAACUCUGCGCCUUGUGCAGAGGCCACAGUAAAGCAAGAACAGUUGAGUCCUAAAAAGAAAGAGAACAAUGCACUUCUUAGGUAUUUGUUGGACAAAGAAGAUCCGAAGGAUCCACUCUCAAAGGACAUCAAACCAAAGGUGGAGCCAAUUGAAAACAAGAUGGGACAAUGCAGUAGCUCAAGUGUCCCAACAUCUAGUCAGGACAAGGACAUCAAAAUUAAGACUGAGGCAACAGAAGAGGUCACUGGGGACUUAGAUCAUUUAGAUGCCAUUCUUGGAGACCUCGCAGGACCCGAAUAUUAUUCCAACCCAAUCAGUUCGAAUGCCUCACCCCUGGGGAACAAGCAGCCAGUCUUCCAAGACAGCCCCUCGAUGGGUAUCAGAAGCCCUCCGGCUGUGCAGAUGAACCGACCUCCCUUUAAUCGGGCGAUGUCAUUGGACAGCACAGUGCCAGGAAACGCCACGCCUCCAGUGCGGAAUGUCAACUUUUCAAUGUUGCAAAAGCAAACCGUGAUGGGCAGUCCGAGAAUGAUGGACGGGCAAGAAAACUUCAACGUAAUGAUGGGAGGUGGACCUAACCGAGGUAUGAACCAGCAUCCUGCAGGGGACUGGGGGAUGCAAAACCCCAACAUGAACCGGAUGGAUUCUUCAAACACUGCAUCAGUGGGGAGACCGGGUCCUGAUUAUAACCCCUCAAUGACAAGACCACAGAUGAACAACAAUAUACCAGGGCUUCCAGCACGAUCGAACAGCAUUCCCGGCAGUAGACCUGUGGUUCAGCAACAAAUGCUUCCAAUGAGACCCAAUGAAAUGAAUAUGGGUAUGGCAUCAAACCCCUAUGGACAACAAGGUCCUUCAAAUCCACCCGGAUCCUGGCCUGAAAGUAUGAUGCCAAUGGAUCAAGGGCACGGCGGACCUCAAAACAGUUUUCAGAUAUCUACUGAUGUCUCCAGAGGGCAGCAUGAUGUAUACAAGAAGUUCAUACUAACUAGACAGCUAGGUCGAAGCACAUUAGAUGACCUGUUGUGUCCUCCCUCAACUGUUGAGGGACAGACAGAUGAAAUUGCUCUCCUUGACCAGCUGCACACUCUUCUGAGCAAUACAGAUGCUACUGGACUGGAAGAAAUAGACAGGGCUCUGGGAAUACCUGACCUCGUCAAUCAGGGCCAAGCAAUGGAGCAGCAGCAAGAUUCCUUCCAACCUCAAGAUUCCCCGGUCAUGCUCGACCAGAAGCCUCCGAUGUACGGCCAGCCAUACGCAGGCCAGGGAUCCCCGAUGCAAACCGGUGGUUUUAAUAACAUGCAAGGACAACACGCACCUUUCAAUUCAAUGAUGAGUCAGAUGACCCAACAGCAAGGCAAUUUCCCACUGCAAGGUAUGCACCCGAGGGCAAACCUCAUGAGACCAAGGACAAACAUCCCAAAACAACUCAGAAUGCAGCUGCAGCAGAGACUCCAGGGGCAGCAGUUUUUGAACCAGAACAGACAAGCGCUUGAGAUGAAGGUUGAGACACUGAAUUCCGGUGGUGCCGGAGUGAUGAGACCAGUUAUGCAGACGCCGGUUGGAUCACAACAGGGAUUUCUUAACGCUCAGAUGGUUGCCCAGAGGAACAGAGAGUUGAUCAGCCACCACAUCCGGCAGCAGAGAAUGGCCAUGAUGAUGCAGCAGCAACAAGGACAACCUCAAGGCUUCAGCCCACCUCCAAAUGUUACUGCUGCUGCCAGUAUGGAGAACCCCUUAGCUGGACCCCCACUGCCUCAAGCUCCUCCACAGCAGUUCUCCUACCCACCCAACUAUGGAAUGAAUCAGCAGCCUGACCCCACGUUUGGAAGGGUAUCAAGCCCGCCUAAUGCUAUGAUGCCAUCACGUAUGGCACCUUCACAAAACCCUCACCCUCAGACCACACAAAUGUACCAGUCACCCGACAUGAAAGGCUGGCCGUCAGGAAACAUGGCAAGACCCAACUCCUUCCCCCAGCAGCAGUACAGCCACCAGCCCAACCCUGGAACUUACAACAUGAUGCACUUAAACGGGAAUGGAAGCCACAUGGGACAAAUGAACAUUAACUCCUUACCUAUGCCUGGGAUGCCUAUGGGACCUGAUCAGAAAUAUUGCUGACAUGGCGACUAUUCUCACAGUGAAAACUCUGCAGUAGAACGCAAGAUGCACUAUAGAGGAAAAUAAAUACAAAUUCAGAUAUAUAAAUAUAUAUAUAUAUAUAUAUAUAUUUACGCAGCAAGUAGCUCACUUGCAUUGGCCUUACAGAGGGGAACAGAUGUUUUACUCCUAACCUCCGAAAAGGGCCUUUUAUAAUCUUGUAACAGGAUUUUUAAAACAAAAAAUGUUGGAAGACGGAAAAGCAAGAAAAUCCAUGGUCUUUAUAAAAAAACCACACUGUAUUAAAAAGGACUUGAUAUCACUUGGUGCUCAGUGGAUUACGAUGUGAAUUGACAGCAAGAUUUUAGUAUGUAAGAUGGUAGCUGUGUGUGGUAGAUUUUUUUUUAUUUUGCAAUUUCUUCUUCAUUAUCGCCCUCAUCAGUCAACUUUUCAGCCUCAAAGUACCUGGAAAAAGGUAUUAUUUGGAAAAUAUAUAUAUAUAU